AGCAUGAAACCUUUGGGCCUGCUAGGCAGGUUGGGGGCGUGGAUAUCCGUAUGGAGACGAGUUCGAAGACGAGUUUGAAGACGAAAGCGAUGAGGACCUUGAGCUGGGGGAAGACGACACAGGAUUUUUACGACCGCGUGUAUCGUGAACGGCUCGACGACCAGAAAACACUCCUCCUUGGGCACGACAUCAUUUACCUUGCGCAAGCAAUGACGGGUCUGCCCAACUGCAAGACGCUCAUUCUCACCGAUGCCCGGAUCCCUUGGGGGGCCAGUCGGCUGAAAAGAGAGGUUGGCAGCGAGCUGGCAAGGGGUUUUCAUCCUGACUAUGUUGAGGAUGAACAGUUUGUGCAGCGUAUACUGCAAAUCAUGCUUAGCGCAGUGGCCAAAAGCGAACUGCCUGUUGAGAAACUUGACUUCUACCUAGGUCAUGUGGAUGAGCCAAAAAGCGUUAACCCCAUCAGCCUCCAACUACUUGACUGGCCAAUUUACGUCUCGCCGACUGGUUGGACGCUCACCAGCCUGACUUCCCUACGACUGCUUAUUUCUCCAUUCUAUAAGAACAACCGUGCUUAUGGCUGGGAGAAGAGAGCCAUGGGAUUUUUUGACCUCUUCCCUCAGCUGUCGCACUUCACGUUAGCAUUUGAUGACGACUUCGACAAUCACACAGUAUUUCCAAUCUUUUCGGAACUGUUGAAAAUACCACAAUUGAGGGUAAUGGAGCUAGCCCGGUUCGAAGCCACCGCUGCCGAAUUGACAAAAAUGCUUUUACGGCAUCAGUCGACGCUUGAGGAGAUAACACUGCGGGAAGUGAAGAUGAACGAGGCUGGGAGCUGGACUUCUGUAUUGAGCACCGUCAGGGAUAUGCCUCAAUUCCACAGCUUUACCAUGGAGAAAUGUUUGAUCGGAGAUUCGUUCUUUGCGGACGUGUCGGAUGAGAUAGAUGAGGUAGUCUCCAUCAAGGACAGGGAAAGGAUUGAAGAGCUUGCGGCCCAGAUAGAAAUUGCAGCUGAGAUGACUGCUAAGUGAAGGCUGGAUCUUGGAAUUUGGAUGUCAGUUUGAUGUAUCACACCGUUCAGCAGCGCCAAGGUUGUGUGGCUUAACACACAGAAAAAGUGGGACACUGCCCGGCUAGCAAAACUCUUAUACGAAAUCCGUUCACUACAGCACCAUACUUCCACUAAAACGUAGCUAGGCUUGGAACAAAAGAGUGACAAAACUAUUCACCAUC